CGCACGUGACAGGCGAGCGGAAGGCGGCGAAACGAAAGUGAAAGUAAGUCCUCAAGACGGUGAACAGCGCGACGAGGAGAAGCCUUUCUACGGAUCAAUAAUCAAUAAUCAUGAGUCUGAUGCUGAAGAUACUUGGCUACUUGUGUCUGUGUGCAGGUGUGCCAUGUGUCCACCUGGUGUCAUGGCUGCCUUGUCAGUUCACGGACGAGCGCGUGUUUGUGAACUCCGACGGUCACACCGAGACUCAGCACCUCCACCGGGAGGCCGUGCUGCAGUUCGGUCCGACGGGAGCCGCUCCGCUCAGCCCCCGCGCCGUCACGUUCCUGAUCACCGGGUCGAAGUUGGACCUGCGGCGGUUCCUGGAGGGAGCGGAGGCGGAGCAUCUGGACUGCGAGCUGCGGCGGUUCAGCACCGAGGGCCUCCACUGGCCGGUCCAAGGGGGGCCGGGGUACAACCGCUGGUUCAGUUGCACCCUCAGACACGCCCGGGGCCUGUUCACGGUCACGGGCUUCCUCAGACACCCGUCUGACCACCCCCCCAUGGGGCAGCAGGACUACCACAGCUGGCCCGCCAUCGGGGACGGAGAGACUCUCACCACAUCAGUUGCCUUGAUCAUUAAAACCCAAUCUCCAUCGGUGAGAGCCGCUCUGGGCUCCCAACAAAAGCUCCACUGCCAGUUUGCCGUCGACCACAGAGGACCCAACGUGACGGUGGAGUGGCACCGGCAACAUCGCGGAGAGAGAACCAGACUCUUCAGUCACGCCGCCCACACGGGCCGGAGCGAGGGUGCCGGCGUCAGCCUGAGGGCCUUAGCGGGCGGCGACGCCUCCUACAGCCUCCCGUUCGCCAAGAUAACGAGCGAAGGGACGUACAUUUGUUCUGUGUCGGUGCUUCCGCUGUUCGUCAGUCUGGAUAUCAGUCUGAACAUCGAAGAGCCUCCCCGCGUCUCCCUGAACGUGGGACCCGCCCUCUCGCUGCAGGAGGGCGGCGAGCAGAAGGUUUCCUGCGACGCGGAGGGCUACCACCCUCUGGACGUGGAGAUGGUCUGGUACGUUGAGGACCCGGCGGUGGCGGGCAGAAGGGUGGGCGCUCCGCUCCCCGAGGUGCUCCAGAACGUCCUGCUGUCCAGCCACAAGCACAACCAAGACAAGACCUACUCGCUGACGGCCUUCUUCUACCUCCAGGCGUCUCCGCGGGACUCGGGGAGGCGGUACACGUGCAGCGUGUCCCACCAGUCCCUGAGGGUGCCCGUCAAGAAGAGCUUCCUCCUGACCGUUGAGGAGCCCCGCGGCUGGACGGGGAACCUCCUGCUGGGCCUCGUGGCCGCCGCGCUGCUGGUCGUCCUGUUUAAGCUGCUGCGCCACCUGAACUCAGGGAGAAAACAAGUGCAGAAGAAGCCCUACUGAGCUGCUUCAGGAAGACCACCAGGGGAGGCUGACUGUCCUCAUUUUAGUUUUAAAACGUCUCAGAUUUUUUUGUUUCAAGGUGAUUUUUUGGGGGUUUCUAUGAAACUGAAUGCAGGUUUUGUUGUUGUUGUUGUUGCUUUGAUUUGGCUCAUGCUGAAAAACAACAACAACUUGAUGUUGUAAAGUAAAUUAUUCUGGAUGAACAUCACUCCACACUCAGCGCGCCACCUGCUGGGCCUCCGAUGAACUUCCACACGCUUAAAAUUAUACAAACAAUAAUGUAAAUAUCUCGUGAAUUUAAACGCGUUGUUUUUCAUCUAAAUUUGAAUGAGAAUUAACAUAAAUAAACAACCACCUCAACUUUAUACGAUCAUUUAAAUAUGGAUUUCUUAAUGUAAGUGAAGGGCGAAAAGCAGAAUAUUUAUUUUAACUGGCUCAUUACGAACUGAUAUUUACAGCCCAGUUUAUGUUGUUAAGUCUUUUUGUUUAUGUUUGUUUUCCUUAGAAAAAAAAGUUUUUAACAAUCGGAAGUUAGAAAAAGUUGAAGAAAUCUUUAAUGGGGACAUUUUUUGUAAAAAACAAAAAAGGAAGCCAAACUUUGAAGAUGUAAUCGAGUGUGUUCAGGUGAUUUGAAAUAAAAACAUUUUUUUAAAAUA